GCGACUGAAGAUUUUGCUGUAGGGUGCCCGAAAGGCGCGAGGCGUAAACGAAACAAACGUCCAGCCGUCUACUGCCCUCAGGAAGCAUCCGAGGGUCGAGUCUGCAGGCGUCAGAGAUGAGCCUGUGAGAAUGCGUCGCGCUGCGGGGCAGGAGGCAGUCACUCCCAGUUCAGGCACCCAAGCUGUCGCACAAUGACAAGCGGUUCCUGUCCAAUUAGCGUCGCCCGCGGAAUGCACAGUUGUUACCAUGGCCUACGAAAAAGUCACGGUCAUUUGCAUUGUGCAGCACGUCGAAGGCGAGGGCUGCGAGCAGCUGUGGAUGAAGAUUGUCGUGCAGGAGGCGGGUGAGGCCCUCCAGCAGCUCAGGUGCGACGAGCCGCUGGGGAAGCGGCUCGCAAAGUUCGACAGAGAACGCUUCGAAAAUGCGCGGAAUCUCGUUGAGGCGGCUAUUGACGACGUCGCCUCCUUCGAUACGAUCCUCUUGAAAGACAUCAAGCUCCAAGUCCGGCUCAGCAGCCUGAAGACUCGUCUGUCGCAUCUCGCCGUUGUAUGAGUUUUUCCGCAUUCUUCUCGGGAUACAAACAACGCUGUGUAUGAUUCAGUUUCCCUUGCCAGAUUUACGUCAAGUUCGUUCUUACUAUCGGCGACAGAUUGUAUUGUACUAUAGUAUGACUAUGUUCAUUCGUUGAAGGAUGCCA